AUGACCCUCCUGUACUACUUGGGCGUCCCGAAGGUGGUCACAUACUCCUUUGGGAUUCUACAGAAGGGUGUCCUCAAGUAUUUGGUACAGCCCAGUGCCCAGAACCUAACAUUUACUGAGGAUAUUCAUGACAAGCUAAGUUUGAAAGCCGGAAGCCGUGAAGGAAGUCAGACAUUGACAAAUUGCUCGAUCAUCUCCCCAUUAGGGCCUAUCAGGGUCCAGUUUCCAAAGUCCCUGACACUGGAAGAAGUGAUACGCAAGAACCCCGAUGUGACCCAAGGAGGCCUCUACAAGCCCCUCAACUGUACCUCCAGAAAGAAAACCGCCAUCAUCAUCCCUCACCGGAACAGGGAGCACCACCUUAAGUAUCUCUUGUACAAUUUGCACCCCUUUCUGCAGCUCCAGCAGCUGAACUACGGCAUCUACGUCAUCCACCAGGCGGGUAGUUUCACCUUUAACCGUGCUAAGCUGAUGAACGUUGGCUUCAAGGAAGCCAUGAAGGAUGAUGACUGGGACUGCUUGUUCUUCCAUGAUGUGGACCUCAUCCCCGAAGAUGGCCGCAACCUGUACACCUGCGACAGGUUCCCCAAGCAUGCAUCUAGUGCCAUAGACAAGUUUGGUUAUGUUCUGCCAUACGGUUCAUAUUUUGGAGGCGUCUGUGCAUUCACCCCCAAGCAGUACAUGCAAAUCAAUGGGUUUCCAAAUAACUACUGGGGCUGGGGCGGUGAGGACGAUGACAUUGGCAAUAGAGUGGUCCUCAGUGGCAUGUCGGUGUUGCGACCCUCCAUUGUUUAUGGGAGAUAUAAAAUGAUACAGCACAGUCCAGACAAAGGGAAUGAAGCAAACCCGGAACGGUGGGAUCUUUUGGACAAAACAGGGCAGGCUUGGAGACAAGACGGCAUCAACAACCUCCAUUAUAAACUUUUGUCCAAGGAGCUUCUACCGCUCUACGCCAAUAUCACGGUGGACAUAGGCUUCAGACCAUAA